CAAUUGACUGGUAGCAAGAUUCCAUCACAGUCAAAUAGUCUAGGACGUGACAGCAAAAUUACUCGUUCUGCAAUUUGCUCAAUUCUGAAAUGGAGAAAAUCGUCACUGAGAAUCUCUUCCUGCUGGAAUUUCUCGUUGAUAACGUGCAGCUGGGCGAAAAAUGCGAGUGCGACGCCCCGCCAGGUGAAACUUGCGUUUCCUUCCAAUUCCUCGACAAUGCGCCCCUGGAUGUUUGCGAAGCCGAUUUCAGCCCUAAACGGAACUUGAAAAAAGGUGACAAGGAGUCGGUGAAGAGCGGCAAAAGCUGCCUCUUCUCUCUCAGCCCUGAGCAGGCAGCGGGAGCCUCUGAGCAGUUCGAUAUCUGCGUCUCUGUGAUGAAGAAAAUGCAACCCGGAUGGCUGCCUGAGAAAGUGGAAAUUGGCAAUUCCUUGAUAAGCAUCGCAAAUCUCUUCAAUGAACUGAUCAGCAGUGUGGAGUUGUCAGAUGGUAGCUCACCUACUGCAAAGACGUUGAAGGAUGAUUUCGACAUCAAUGACCCCCAAGGAAGUUUAAUAGGGAAAAUCAGCGUCUACGUGCGAAUGUCUUGUUUUGGCAAAUUAAUUGUCACUCAGUUCCAAAUGAAUCUGGACGAUAAGAGCGUUUUGUUUAAGGACAAGGAGGGCAAAAGCCUUUAUCGCUACAAAAAGUCUGGAAAGCGCAAAGAAGGCUCCAAGGAUGCUCCAGACCAGACAAGGUACAACAAGGACUGCCCUAGAACUCCUUGUGGAGGGCAAAAGCCCCCUCAACAACAGGACUUUGGCAAAGAAUACGAUUGCCCUUUUGCGCCCUGCGGCGUCGAUCAGCCCCCCAAUUUUGCCCAAUCAGCUCCAAUGGGCAGCAGCCGCCCCAUGAACUACGGAUCAACUCAAGCCCCAGGGUUCGGAACCCAAACAAUGAUGACUCCAUGCAAUGAAUGCGGUUUUGUUCCCAAUCCCGCUUGUAUGCCUCCAAUGCCUCCGAUGAUGAUGGGGGGUUACACCGAAGUUCCCCUACCAGUGGCGGCGCCAACGCCCGAAGGGAACUAUCAGGAAAUUGGGGCUAGUAUGGGGGGUAACUCCCUGACAAUUCGGGUGCAUAAAGACAAGGGGAAACUGGAGCCAGUGGAUCCUAAUGGGGAUGAUUGUAUAUGUGGGGGCAACGACGUGAAUCCCGGGGCGGUGGUUCCUGUGGGGUAUCCGAACAAAACCCAACAGGUCUUUGCAAUGCGGCCGGGAGCUUCGCCCAACAGCCCCUUCUCUUUCAAGAUGGGCCAGUGUGGGGACUCUCCCCCCGUGGGGGGCUCCAAUGGGAACAACAUCGUUGUCAAUCCCCCCGUUCACACUGCGCCUGACGGCACCCAAUUUACCGAAUUUUCGGACCCCAACAAAGAAACCUUCAUUUUAAGAAUUGGGAAGAAAAGUGAGGGCAUUGACAAGAAGAACAAUCUGGAGUUGGAGCUGCAAACCCCCAAAGCUCCCCCAUUGAAGCCCAUUCCCAAGAAGGAAACGAUAGAAACACAGUGGGAUCCACAGGACGCUGGUGCGGAAGAUACCGGAUCGAAGAAGUCCAAAGGUAAAGCCGACAAGGGUGGAAAGGGAAAAGGGAAGAAAAAGAAAUGAAUGUCCCAUUUGUAGUCCAUGUGUUCAGUAUAAAAAUGCACUGAAAGAGGCCGAUGUUUUUUAAAAUAAAAACCUAUUUUUA